AAGGCAAUGGACCCGCAUGAGGGUUCGAAUCGCACAAUCGUAUGAUCUCAUAGUAAGGUAUUAACUGAGAGGGAGAGCCACAUCAGCUUGCCAAACUCUGCUGAUUGCUGACAGUAGAAUCUUCUUCAACAACACUUUCGAUCCACCUAUCCUUCAGGGAUCAAUAGAUACCUGGUGAAAAUGGGUAACAACGGUGCUGAAGACGUAAAGAUUUGUGGGGUUGAGUGUUCCGAGACCACUGUUGAGAUAAAGAUAAAAACAUUGGACUCACAGACAUAUACAUUACAAGUGGAUAAAUGUGUUCCAGUUCCUGAACUGAAGCAACAGAUCGCCACAGUUACUGGUGUUUUGUCAGAACAACAACGGCUCAUCUGCCGGGGCAAAGUGUUGAAGGAUGAUCAGCUCCUUUCAGCUUACCAUGUUGAAGAUGGACACACUUUACAUUUGGUUGUGAGACAACCCUCAUCAGAGAACGCCCCUGAUUCUCAAGGAAAUGCUUCUGCAUCAAGUUCUAGGCAUGUUCAAGGAAACCGAGUGGGUCCUGGUAUAGUAGUUGGAACAUACAACUUAUCUGAACAUGGAGAUGGAGCUUUCCCUGACCUAAAUCGGAUUAUCUCAGCUGUGCUUGGUUCAUUUGGAGUUGCAAGGGUUGGCAAUGAGGGGAUUGAUGUCAAUGGUCUUGGUGCAGCUACUCUGGGAAAUAUGAGAACUUCUGACCAACUGCAGACUGACCAAGCUAGUACAAUGGAUCAAUCUGGUUCUGCUAGUAGCGUUUCUGCACGUCCGACAGCUUUCCCAGUAGAAGCUCAACCACCGGUUAUUCCCGAUUCCCUGACAACUUUAACACAGUACUUGACUACUUUGACUGAAGAGUUCAGGGCAAAUGCUUGGGCACAAAUUGAGAAUGCACAAACCGCUGGGAUCGUUGGAGCUGAUAGACCCGAUUUUGAUGCAUCCUCGCAUUCAGCUCGACAGAGAGGCCUUCCGACACCUGCAUCCUUGGCGGAGGUGAUGCUGUCGAUGCGUCAAUUAUUCACUGAACAAGCUGCACAAUGCUUUCUGCAAUUCUCGAGGCAGCUAGAGAAUCAACCGUGCGUUACAGAACCAACAGAAAGAAUGAGAAUUCAAUCAUAUGCCUUAAGGACUGGAGACCUAUUCCAAAAAUUAGGUGCUUUGUUACUUGAGCUUGGUCGGACAACAAUGACAUUGCGGAUGGGUCAAACAGCGGCUGAUGCUGUGGUGAAUGCUGGACCUGCUGUUUUUGUGUCUACUGCUGGCCCUAAUCCUAUUAUGGUUCAGCCACUACCUUUCCAGCCAGGUACAAAUUUUGGUGCCAUUCCUGUAGGAACUGUACAAAAUGGCAGUGGACUUUCUGGGCCAUCUGUUGGUUCUGGUUUUACUCCAAGGAACAUUGACAUCAGAAUACGAACAGGUUCAUUUAUGCCUUCAACUUACCGAAGAGAGCCUGCUGGUUCACAGCGUCCAGGGCAAGCUACUCCUGCAGCUUCUAAUGGUGGAAAUUCUGAUCAAGAGACCAGUGGAGGCACCAGAAGUUCUUCUGUCAUGGAGUCAGGAGCGCGGGUGGUUCCUAUGAGGACCGUCGUUACUACAGUUCCAGCUUCGGCUGGGCAUUCAACUUCUAAUUCAUCUCGAGGUUCCAUGGGAAUAUUUUAUCCAGUUUUAGCAAGAGUUCAACCUGUCAGUUCUAGGAAUUCUAAUAAUUCUGGAGCUGCUCAAGCAUCUAACCGGAAUAAUUCACACGGUGUUGUGGCUGAACAACCGCCUAAUCCUGAUUCUGCAAGAGAACAGCAAACUAAUGGAUCCUCUGGUGCUGAAGGUAAUUUUGGCUCAUUUAAUGAACUAUCAAGCAGUGAAGAGUUCUCCACACAGUUGCAAAGCAGAGUUGACCAAAUUUAUAGAACAUUUUUCACUGGAGAAAAUCUACAUCCUGAGAAUGUCAAUGAUCGUAGUGCGGGUAACAAUUCUGUCAGUGGAGAUAGUGUGGCAGCUGAAGACAUUGAUAAUUCUCAGGAGACGGCAAUGGCAGCAGGAGAUGGAGUUUUUUUGUCAAAUGUACUUCGUCAUAUCAUGCCAAUUAUCUCUGAAGCUGCAGGAACAUCUGAUAAUUCAUCUAGUGAUAGAUCAAAUCUUGAUGGGGAUAGAAGUGACCAUGGUUCAAUACAGGGUCGAGAAAAUACAGAGCGAGCAAGUUCUUCACAUCGGUGCCAUGAUCCUUCAUUGUCACCAAGUUCAAAACGUCAAAAGCGGGAGUGAUUUCAGGGUUGGUUUGGUGCAACGGUUCCAGCCAUGACAAUGCAUUGCAGGCUUUUGGUAAUGUUUUGAUCUGUAUAACGAGAUCUGAAUACUGCUUUGGCAGCACAGAUGUUGUAAUGAGCACCUUCCAGAUUGUAUAGUACUGCCUUAUUUGUUCUCCAUUUAAGUUCUGCAUUUUUUGGCUCGUCAUUCUGGAUAUCAGCCAGUGUAUAGUCAUAGUAAGUCAGAACGGUCGUUGCAGGGCCAAGUAAGUUAUUUUUCUCAAUUUAGCUAUCUA